UAUCACAUGGUUGUGCUUAAUGUACCGGAUGACAUAAUACAACAAUCAUUGAGCGAAAGUCUUUUCAACACCUUCGGAUUGAUAUUGUCACGGAAUGCCAAGGAUAUACUUUGGGCGAUACUGGUCUCAUGCCAAAGUCUUGGGGCCUUAGUCGGAUGCUUCAUGGUUACUCCAUUAUUACGACGGUUUGGUGUCAAAACGUUCUUGCUUGACUUCGCUCCGUUGCUCAUCGUGGGUCGUCUUCUGAUCGGAGUAUUUACUGGUAUUGCCUGUGCUCUACUGCCAUUGUUCGUUCAGCAAGUCGCUCCAAAACAGAUUAAGAGUUCGCUAAGCUGCUUUGUCCACAUAUCAGUAUGCUUUGGUGCUGCUGUUGCUGCCGUAUUAUCUCUUAACUUCCUUCUUGGAGGUCAACAUACAUGGGGCUGGUUGUUGUUCGCACCAGCUAUCCUGGCGCUGGUACCAGACUCUAAUGAAGGUUUCUUUAGGUUUUACUACGAUAUUUCGUAUGACGAUGAUGAUGAAGCGAUCCAAGAAUACUGGGACAUGGUACCUGAGAUGCCAAAUCAAAUGGGUUUCGUGGAAGCUUCAAUGAGUUCGACCAUACGCAAAGGUGCCCUCCUAGGUAUAGUAGUGAGCGCCAGUCAAGUCUUUUCUGGAAGUGUUGCGUCAAUUUCUUACUCCACCAGUAUGUUCGAGGCUGUUUCGUUCACAAAAGUGUUGAUUCCUUUUCUUCCUGCCUUGGGUGCGGUUUUCUCCAUAAUCCUUACCGUACCAGCUCUACAACUAGUAAAGCUUCUUUCUAGGAAUUUUCGUCGAAUUAGUUUUUGUUACCGUUAUCCUUUUCUUGUUGUACGUACAUUGUCAUUGUGUCUUGUUGCCGACUGCCUUUUACUCAUAUUUUCUCUUCUGUCCAUGGAAGGAUGGUGGGCAUCGUGGCUCUACCUGGUAGCAUUCUUUAUCUAUGGUCUGGGCUACAACUUAGGUGUUGGGCCACUAGCGUAUUUUAUUCCUGCAGAAUUAGUACCAGCAGAAGCAGCUGGAGCUUCUCUCGGUGUUGCGGUAGCAGUGAAUUGGCUUUGUUCCAUGAUCAGUACCCUUAUUUACUAUCCGCUGAAUGAAAGCGUUGGUGGAUGGAGUUAUCUACUCUUCAUCAUCCCAACGUCGAUAUUCCUUAUUGUUCUCUACUUCUUCCUCCCCGAAACACGAUAUCACUACCGAGCAGAUCCGACGGAGGAUCGAUUGCUGGUGGACUUGGGUCCACCAAGUCCUUAUGGAACAUUUGCUGAUGAAGUUGAUGACUUGUUUUGA